GUUACUUGCCUGCGACAAGCAGCCCAGCCCAGCCCCAGAAGGGAGGCGGAGUCUUUCGCCCGGCUCCCCCCAGAAACUGCCGGGCUGCUGUCUCACUCGCCACCCUCACCCGCCUGCCCGUUUGCAGCUCCUGGCAUCGCCCUCCCCAAUGGAUGCCCUUCCAGAGCCCCUCCUGGUGCGGAUCCUGGCCGGCCUGCCCGCCCUCGACCUCGUGCUGGUGUGCCGCCUGGUUUGUUCCCAGUGGAAGGCGCUGGUGGAUGGAGGGGCUCUCUGGCUGCUGAAAUGCCAGGCGGAGGGCUUUGCGGGGAAGGAGGCGGGCGUGGAUGCCACAGAGAGCUGGCAAACUUUCUACUUUCUCCAUAAGAAGAAGAGGAAUUUGGUCAAGAACCCCAAUGGGGAAGAGGGUCUCCAGCAUUGGGAGGACGUACAAAACGGCGGCGACGGCUGGAAAGUGGAAGAGCUGCCGGGCGAUUUUGGAAAAGAUUUCCCCAAGGAGGAAGUCCGCACCUAUUUCGUGUCCUCUUUUGACUGGUGCAGCAAAUCCCAAAUCAUCGACCUGCAAGCUGAAGGCUACUGGGAGGAGUUGAUGGACACCACCCAGCCCAAAAUCGUAGUGAAGGAUUGGUAUGCCGCUCGGUGCGACGCCGGCUGCCUCUACCACCUGAAGGUGAAGCUGCUGUCCGCUAACGAAGACGCGGUGGCUGAAUUUGAGAGCGAAACCAUCGCGGUACCCCAGGACAACGAGGGCGAGUGGGCUGAGAUCACUCACACCUUCGCCGAUUACGGUCCCGGCGUGCGCUUCGUCCGUUUUGAACACGGCGGUCAGGAUACGGUGUUCUGGAAGGGCUGGUACGGCGCCCGCGUGACAUCCAGCACGGUGGUGGUGGAACCUUAGGCCACCAUGCAGCAGCCUGGCCCCUCUGCAGGAAACCCUCGCUACAAAAAUGAUGCUUAGGAAUGGGCAAAUCUCACAUGGAAAGCAAAGCAAAGCAAAGGAAGUCCCAUCCAUUUAUCCAGCAAAGAAAGACUCCUUGGCCAUUGUUUAACCGUCCCUGCAUAUCCAUUUG